AUGCUUGGGCACAACAAUAUGUCGCCCAACAGACUAGAGGUCGUGCUGAUGCUGUUGAUGCUCAUGGUUUACAAUGCUUCAGGAGCAUUUGUUGGUAUCAACAUUGGCACUAACGUGUCAGACCUGCCAUCAGCAUCAGACAUAGUCUCCAUCCUUAAAGCCAAGAAGAUUCAACAUGUUCGCUUGGUUGAUUCAAACCAUGAGAUGCUAGUCGCCCUUGCGAACACUGGAAUUGAAGUGAUGGUUGGUGUGCCAAAUAAUGAGCUGCUCCGUGUGGGGCAAUCUCGUCCGACAGCUGCUGAUUGGAUUAACAAGAAUGUUGCUGCCUACAUUCCAGCAACAAACAUCACGUAUAUUGCCGUGGGUGAUGAGAUUCUUACUACUGUCCCAAAUGCAGCUCUUGUUCUAGUACCUGCAUUGCAAUUCCUCCAAUCAGCACUGUUGGCUGCAAACCUCAAUACCCAGGUGAAACUAUCAAGUCCUCAUUCAAUGGAUAUGAUCUCUAAGGCAUUUCCUCCCUCUGCUGCCACUUUCAACUCAACAUGGAGCUCAAUAAUGUUACAGUAUCUUGGAUUUCUGAAGAGGACAGGAUCUUCCUUCAUGCUGAAUGCUCAACCGUACUAUGGCUAUGUGAAAGGGCAAGGUGUAUUCCCUUUAGAGUAUGCCCUGUUUCGAUCACUCAAUCCCAACAGUCAGAUUGCAGAUCCGAACACCAAUUUGUUCUAUACCAAUAUGUUUGAUGCUAUGGUUGAUGCCACAUACAACUCAAUGAAAGCAAUGAAUUUCACCGAUAUUCCUGUAAUGGUCACAGCUUCUGGUUGGCCAUGGCAUAGUGCACGCAAAGAACCGGCUGCGGAUGUUGAUAAUGCUCUGGCCUACAAUACAAAUCUCAUACGCCAUGUACUAAAUAACUCUGGUACCCCUAGCCAGCCAAAUAAUCAAGUAAGCACAUACCUGUUUGAGUUGUUCAGCGAGGAUCUUCGGUCAGGAUCUGUUUCGGGGGAAAGUUGGGGGAUUAUGUUUACCAAUGCAAGUGCAGUGUACUCCCUGACAUUUGAAGAUGUGGCUACAGCUAGUACUGAUUCACCGGCUCUGCACGGGAUGUUUUGUGUGGCAAAUUCAAGUGCACCCCAUAGUGCAUUGAAGCAAAGUUUGGAUUGGGCAUGUGGCCCUGGUUCUGCAAACUGCAGCGCAAUUCAACCUGGGCAGCCGUGCUACAAACCAGAUGACAUUGUAGCUGUUGCUUCGUAUGCUUUCAAUGAUUAUUAUCAUAGAACGCAAGCAAGUGGAGGAACAUGUAACUUUAAUAGCACAGCAACGAUAUCAUCUACGGAUCCAAGCCAUGGUUCAUGUAAAUUUGCAGGAAGCACCGGUGUCAAUGGCAGUGGUAUGGCUUCUGGACCUGUGAGCCAAGAUAGUUCCGCUUCACAAUCUCAAUCUUUCUGGUUGACUUGGCUAAUCGCCAUGCUGCUGCCUGUUCUACUUCUCAUGUAA